AUGCCGAAAAAGAACAAGCGCAUAUCUGUUGAUACAAGGAAGAUUAAAUUUGUUGAGAACUCCGAAUCGGAGGAUUUAGAAUUUGAGGAUGGAGAUGAGAGCGAUGUUGGAAAUGUCAGCUCCAGCGACGAUAUCUUGAGUGACGACGUGCAUGAGCCAUCCUCGCUGGGGGCAAUCGGCAAAAAAAAGAAGAAAAAAAAAGUAGCAGCGCAUGAGGAGAAUGACGAGGAGGAUGAGGAGGACAAAGACGAUGCGCGUGAUGGUGGUGACUAUGCCGACAGUGAUGAAGAGGAGGAGGACGACGACAGCCAGGACGAUCACCAGCGCGAUGACGAAUUCGUUCGCGUACCAUGGAGAAAGGAUAAACAGAAUUACUACCAAUACGAAAGCGAAGACUCAACGAGCGAUGAUGAAGAAGGCAACAAGGAGAGAAUCAAAGAAGCCAUGUACCUCAGCAGAAAGGAGAAGGAAAACUUAAAAGAAGACGACUUCGAUUUGUAUGACAUGUACAAUGAAGACAAGGAGGCCAAGUCAGGAAAAGCGGGCGAAGAAGUGUACACCGCCCAUGAGAAGGAAAACAUCAUUAAAAAGCUAAUCAGCGAUAUGAAUACGGAUAUGAGGGAAAAAAGAAACCAACUGAGUGAAGAAAAUGGUGCUAAAGAAAUUCACCAAAUUGAACAGAUGAAAAAACAUGAUGAAAUAGAAGAUAUCGUAAUGAGCGAGAGAGAGGAAUACAAAAUUUUGUUAAAAGAACUCUCCCUGAACAUCCAAAAGGUUUAUAACGAAAUUAAGGAAAACCAAGGGCUCUUCCACUUUAAGGAAAUUAACGAACAGAAUGUUAACCAAACAGAUAUCAAUAAGAACACCCUCCUCUACCUUAAGAAGAAGAAUGAAACGAUGCUGACUUAUAUCAUAUACAUCACGUACUAUGUCUUUCUUAAAGUUAUGAAUGGCUAUACACACAACCAUCCCGUUUUGGAUAAGCUAAUUUAUAUGAACACCAUAAUAGCUAAGACGAAUGAGCUGGAUAAGAAAAUUAAAUUCAAGAUUCAGCAGCUGAACAAGUCGUCCUCGGGUCGCCAGAUGGACGAGUUAGACGCGUUGGGACGCGACGAGGCAAGAGGCUCGAAGCGGGUAGGCCGCCGCAUCCACGCGGGGGAUGAAGAUGGAAAUGACGAAGAAGUGGAAGAACGGGAAGACGAUGAGGAGGUUGAAGACGAUGAGGAGGUGGAAGACGAUGAAGAGGUGGAAGACGAUGAAGAGGUGGAAGACGAUGAAGAGGUGGAAGACGAUGAAGAGGUGGAAGACGAUGAAGAGGUUGAAGACGAUGAAGAGGACGAAGACGGUGAGGAGAACGAAGACCAUGAGGAGGACGAAAUGGCCGACUUCGCAGAGGAACCCCAAGCGGGCAAGGGCAAAAGGUACAAAAUCAGCAAGAGCCUCAUAACCGAGUACACGGACAGCCACAUCCGGGAAAGGGAAAGGGAGGAAAAGAAAAAAAAAAGAGAAAAAAUGAAAAAUGAGAGAAACAUAUUCCUCAAGGAAAUAAAAGACAUGGUGUCCACAAGACCAGAAAAAAUAGAAGAAGAAAAUUACUUUAAAAAAAUGGAAGAAAAAUUAAUGAACUUUGACGAAAAAAUCAUGAAGAAAAAAAUCAAAGCCUUGAGCAAAAAAAAAAACAAAAUGAGCAACUUGAAGAACGUGGGAAUGACGUCAAAUGAUUUGCUAAAGUUUGUGGAGCUGCCAGAGAUGAAUGACGAAGCGGAUAGGAAGAACAACCUGGACGAAACAAAAAUGUUUAGGAGUAACAUUAACAAAAUGAAGCAAAUGAAACAAAUGAAGCAGAUGAAGCAAAUGAAAGGAGCAAACAACGCUAAUGAUGACUUCGUCUCCUUUAAGAACUUUGAAAGAAACGCAAAAUGGAGCAGCUCGCAUCAGAAGGAACAGCUCGGCAAAUCUACUCAUUUUAUGAGCACCAAAAAUUUACAAGACGAAAUAGACGACGAAAAUAUUAAAAAUAUGUUAAGCUUCAAAAAGAAGAAAAAGGAAGAAAAAAAAUUCCUCAAGGAUCAGAAGAACAAAGAAAUAAGGAAAAAAUUAGUCGAUCAGGAAAACGAAAUUAACGAUAGAAGAAUGCCGAACAAGAAUAUUUUACAAAAUAGGGGCCUCGUAAGGAAGAGAAAAUCAACCGAUGGAAAUGCAAGGGUUCACAAUAAACAAAAGUAUAUCAAAAAGAUGAAGAUGUACAGCGGUCAGCACGCCAAAUUGAAGGUCCAUGAAAAUAACUAUUCAGGAGAAAAGAGGGGAAUAAAUCCCUACCUGAAGAAAUCCAUAGAUAUCAAAUGA